AAGAUCCCUGCUGGAGUUUUAACCCCUGUUUCUGCGGAUGCUGCCCGAGACGUGUUGUUUUUAUUGGUGGAGUGCAGGGAUCUCUUUAGUUCCCUUCCAUUCCCCAAGACAUACUUUCCUGUUAGCUGCUGCUUUAAAAAAAUAACAAAAAAAAAAAUCCUAUUUAAGAUACUUGUUCCGCUUCUGCCAGCCCGGAACAAUAUUUUUAUUCGCACCACCAGGCACCUCCUAGCCUCAGGCCAGGAGGCUUUCACCCUUCCACAGGUUCAUCUCUUGGGAUGCUUUAGGGAAAGGGCCGGGCUGGCAGCCAGGAGCAGCUCAGCAGAGCCACCGGCAGCAACGGAGAGCGGCUGCAGCAGCGCGUUUUCCACCGCUGUUGAAAAAGUGUUGUCCGCGGUGGAGCCUUGCACUUUGCUUUUGUUGCAUUUGUGAUUUAGUCCAGCGUUCAGCACAGCGCUUGCCAGCCGGUAACUUCUCAAGCUGGGGCGCUGGACUCCUGUUUUAGAUCGCUGUCCCCUUGGUGCAGGGAUUGCCCAGUAUGUUUUGCAGCAACGGUGUUGGCCUUGCUGCUCUGCUAUGGUGAGGAACGCAGCCACGGAGCUGAAGGCAGAGGCGCCUCUCGGGUCUGACAUGCGCUUCUGAGAUUUGUUUGUAUGGCUGCCCAAAUCCUCUCUAAGACAUGUUGGAUCUGUUGAUUGCCAGCCCCUUUUUCUUGUCUUGUUCUUUGCAGGCUGAUGCAAGUGAGAUGGAGUCGCUACAACCCGCAAUUUCUAGAGCCAGAAGUGAACAAGGAGUUGUUUCAGAAAUCCCCGGAUGAGCUGUCCGAGGAGGAAAAAGCAAAACAGGAGCUUAAGGCUGUUCGCCCCAUAAAAGCUGCUCCUCCCAGUGUCUCCUGCUCUGUGUUCAGUGACCCUAUGAUCAGUAAAUUCACGAACAUGAUGAUGAAGGAUGGAAAUAAAGUGCUGGCCAGAAGCCUUAUGGCACAGACCCUAGAGGCCAUUAAGAGGAAGCAGCUGGAGAAGUACCACCAGGCUCCAGAAGACGAGAAGGAGACGAUUGAGUGCAACCCUUAUGUAAUUUUCCACGAGGCUCUGAAAAACUGUCAGCCCGUUAUUGGGCUCUGCAGCAUCACAAAAGGAGGCAAAACCUACCAGGUCCCAGUCCCUCUGAAAGACAACCGGAAGCGCUUCCUGGCCAUGAAGUGGUUAAUCACCGAGUGCAGGGAGAACAAGCACCGCCGCACGCUGAUGCCCGAGAAGCUCUCCCAGGAGCUGCUCCAGGCCUUCAGCAACGAAGGGCCCAUCAUCAAGAAGAAGCAUGCGCUGCACAAGAUGGCAGAGGCCAACCGGGCUUACGCCCACUUCCGCUGGUGGUAGGGAUGUGCGCGCUCCGGCACGCUGCCACCGCGAGCCCCAGGACUGCUUGCACGUAGGGGGGAAGGUGGAAGCUCCCCUCUGGACUGCCUCUGGGCUAAGCCAGGGAAACCCAUCCGCUCACACACAGUUCAUUUCUUUUGUGCUUAUUUGGAUGGGUGAAAGGGGUGUCUGAAAUAGCUGCACGGAUGGAUGCUCCAGUUAUUUCAUAAUCACCUCCCUGUGAAGACAAGCCUUAGAUUUGUUUGUUUGUUUGUUUUUUCAGAGCAACACAAUAUAAAAUAAUCUUUCCAUUCCAGUUACCUGUUUCCUGGGGGCUUUCAAGUCACUCUGCUCCUGUGAUCAGCAAUGUUUUUUCCCUUUUUGGCUGCACAGCUGGGGAAGAGCAGAGCUGGAAUUUUUUUCCCCACACAAUAACCAGUCUCAUUAUGGUUGGUUUAAAAAAAAGAGGGGGGGGAGUAACAAAAGGCCCUUUUUGACUUUUAGUUCUGGUCAUCAGCAACAUUAUUUGCAAAGAAUUGAUGGGGAUGUUAACAGAAAAAAUAAAAUGAGAUCUUCCUGGGAAAGGUGUCUUGAUUCCAAACCUUUGUCUCUGUUUCUUGACUCUCACACUGCUCUCUCCAGCCACCCGAUUCGCCUGAAGCCAUUCUGCUGCCCUACACCAGAGGAGAAAAUGAAUACCGCAGCCUUAAGGCUUGAGGCAGGAGCAACUUUUGAGUAUUGUUCAGAGCAAUCCUUGCUAUAGCUCAGCAGCUGCAUAGAGAGAACGCAGGGCACGUGUUAGUGGAAAACUUUUAUUAGAAAAAGUCUUCAAUAAACUAUUUCCUUUCUUCCUCUCCCGUUCUCAUAAGAAACAUAUCCUAUUUGAAACACACUAAAAUUUGAGAAAACAGCAAUUAUUGUAUAAAACUUAUAAAACCUGUUUCUAGCUACUUGUGCAGAGGGACUUGUCCUGCUGCAGGCUGCCCUGUGGUGGGUGUCAGUGGCUGGUGACCCGUGGUGGAGGCUGCGUUGCGUGCAGGUACAGCAGCGUGCUGGAGAGUCUGGAAAAAUUAGCACUUGGUUGAGCUGUUUGCAAGGUGUCUGACCACAGUGUUCUUCGUGACUUGUCCCAGAAAAGCAGGUACAAGCUGGUUUGGGGACUGUGAGCUGUAAAAUUUCCCUUCUACCUGCCUCAGCUCUGCUGGCUCUUGGGUAAACUAAGAUGCUCUCAGCUUAAACUGUGCUUUGCUUAAUGCAUGUAUAAAACGCUGGUUUGAACUAGAAGCAUUCCUUGCCCUUUGCUGGCAUUGGCCCAUAAUUAAACCAAACCAGUGGAAGAACUUGCUGAGUUAUGUGGGCCGUGCCCCUCCCACCUCGCCAAACCUCCAAAGUCAGUCUAGCACCAGUUACAGGCUGGCAGUUACGUGCACAGAGGCUCUAGCCAGUAUAACUCCUAUUUACAGGAAGUGCUAGAAAAA